AUGGCUGAAGAAUGCAAUGAAAGUUCUGUUGCUGCCACCACUUCCUCCUUGUAUAAUUGGUGGCCAGAUCUUCAUGUAAAUUCUUUAUCUUCUUGGAGUGCAAACAAUCCAUGGAGCCAACAAAAUAACAGCUCCAACUCUUCUGGUGAAGAGGAUGUUUCCAUGUUUACGACGUACACAAACGUUUCUAAUCAGUCUGGUGUCAGUAUUGAGUCGUCGCGCAGACUAGUUGAAAGUGUAUCAACUAAUGAGCUGGUUGGCGAAACGGGUUCUGAUGAUCAGCCGUGGAGUCAUGUAAUUUUAACUGGAAGCAAUGGAGACUUGCAGAAUAGUCAAGAUGUAGGAGAGAAUCUACUUGAUGAAUUUUCUUCGAAAAAUUUGCCGAUUAGAAAGUUUGAUCCUCAAUAUGACUACUUGAAGAAAAUGGAGAACAGAUGGGAUUUCACAAGUUCCUUAUAUUUAAAUUGUAACAACAAACAGUUCAAUGAGAGCUCAGUUCAAACUGGAAGGCUAAACAAGCUAUCAAAUUCAGUCUGCAAUCACCAGUUUGGUUCAUGUUCAUGUUAUACACCAUUAAGUUCUAUAUUAAACCAUAGUGGCAACAAUUUGACGCCGACUGGAGGAAACAUGGACAAGAAUUUCAGCUCAGCAUCAAGUCGAAAUGGUAAUGAAAUGAAAGUAGAAAAUGAAGGAGGCAUUGAUGCAACAAGGACAGCAUUUCCUAGGUUGUACAGCAGUACUAAUGGAGGGUCUGAAUAUCAAAUGAGAUCUAUCAAGAACACAGCUGUAGGUGCUGAUCGUGGCAGAUAUCACAGUGGAUUAAUUUUGCCAGAUACGCAAUGGAAUGAUUCGAAAAGUUUGGCUGAUCUUUUAACUUUUAGUAGCUAUUCUAACAAGCCAUUCAUCGAUAUCAAUUCAUCUAAAUCCGAACUCGAAACUUUGAAUUUAUCAGAUUCUAAGAAGAGGGAGCUACAAACUUCCUAUCAAUCUGCACUAGCAACAGGCUCUACAGUAGCAAGAAGCAACGUGAGGGCACAACGAGCUAGAACUCACGAAGGAAAGAAGAAAAGAAGUGAAGAGAGUUCAGGCACAGGCACAGGCACAGGCACGGUAGUGAAAAAGCCUAUGCUUCAACAUCCAACAGUCUCAUCUACAAAGACACAGGUUCCCAAAGUAAAGCUUACAGAAAAAAUCACAGCUCUUCAGCAAAUUGUAUCGCCAUUCGGAAAGACUGACACAGCAUCUGUGUUAUGGGAGGCUAUUUGCUAUAUAAGGUUUCUACAAGAACAAAUACAGCUAUUGAUGAGCAACUCCUAUAUGAAGAGCAACUCUUGCAAGGAUCCAUGGAGAGGAUCGAAUACUGGGGAAGUGGAGGCGGAUCUGAGGAGUCGAGGUCUUUGUUUAGUUCCAAUUUCCUGUACGCCUCAAAUAUAUGGCGACAACAAUGGGUCUGACUACUUCACCCCACCGUGUAGAGGAUGUUUGUACAAAUGA